GGGAGAAGGUGGGUUUGGAAGCUAAGUUCCGCCCCCCGAGUGAGCUGCGCAGCCUCCGGCCGGAGGGCGGAGACAACGAGUCGAAGAAGAAGAGGCAUUCACAAUUUGGAAAAUGAAGUUUGUUUUAGGAAUUCAUCCUAAUGCCCUGGCAUAUUCCAUGACCACACUAGGUGCUGGAAUGAUGAACAGUAUCUUUAAUUUCUACUAUGUUAAGCUUUUCUUAAACCAAUACAAGAUUUCAGAAGUAGCAUUUCAUCAAGCACAGGUAGUUUUUAUGAUCUGGAAUGCCAUUAAUGACCCUCUCUUUGGGUAUAUUCAAGACAACUCCAAAGUCCCAUGCUGCUCAAGACGUCAGUUUUCAAUUUUAUAUGGAGCACCAUUAUAUGGUUUAGCUUUUCUGCUUCCCUGGUUUCCUUGGAAACAUUAUGAGGAAGGUGACUGGCUUAAUGGUCUUCACCUUAUUGUUGCUUUAUGUGCUUUUGAUGGCUUGCUUACAUUUGUGUUGCUAGCACAAUGUGCGCUCUUUGCAGAGAUUUCAACUAGACAUGAAAGUAGACUUCAGCUUAUUAAAUAUAACCAAGUGGCAACAUUAGUUGGAUCAACCAGCAUUCUUUUUUGUGGUCUAAUAUCAGAUAAUAUGGAAAAUUUUGCCUAUUUUCAAAUCUUUACUGUUUUGGUUGCAGCACUAGCAACUGCUUGUAUGUGUUACACUGGCAUAUAUAGCACAAGUCAGUAUGAACAGAGAGAAACUGCUGUGGAGAACACUAGCUUAGAAAAUAAUGAUAAAGCUCUCUCCUGGUCCUCUGUAAUUUCAUUAACCAAACAGAUAAUGACGCAGAAAAACUUUAUACUUUUUGUGACCAUGAACUUCUUUCAAGUCUUCCACUUAGCCUUCUGCAACAAUUUCAUGAUGAUCUUUGCGGAUAAUCUCAUCCCUAAGGAUGUCCUUUCCUCUUUUAUAAGAAGCAUCAUGUAUGGGGCUGGCUUUAUUUGUCCUCAGUGCCUUGUGCUUCUCAGUCAUACUUUGCUGAAGAAGUUUGGCUAUUACAGGAUCAUCUUGUUUUCCUUUUACUUAGAAGGAAUAGCUGCAGCUGUCAUGUUUGUUCUCGGACCAGAACACUACUACCUGCUAGCUAUUUAUCUCACGACAAACAUGGUAAUUGUUCAAGCGUCAUUCAGUUUGUUUAAUCUGCCCUUAGCAGAUAUUGUUGAUGCAGACUUAAUAAAACACAAACGGAGAUCACCACUUUCCUCCAUGGUUUUUGGUACCAAUGCUUUAUUUACUAAGCCUGCCCAGUCUUUGGCUCCUAUGCUUGUGGUUACAAUACUAAAUCAAUUUGGAUAUGAGAACCUGAAUAAUAAAUUUUCUCAGCCUGAUCCAAGUUUGUUCUUAGGUCUUCAUGAUGCUAUGUUCUACUUGAUCUGUCUGGUUCCACUUUGCAUUGCAGUUAUACAGAUUCUGACAUGGACUCCCUUCUCCAUCCAGAACAGUCAUAUGACAGCCACACAUUGAAUCUUUAACACUUAGUUUGUACAGGAAGGAUCUAGAUUUUGUGUUUAAAUGUAUUAAUUCUACUAUGUACAAUUCAAAUGUGAAAAAGCAGAAUUGUACUUAAUGGACUAUUAGACCAAAUGCAAUCUGAGCCAUUAAAUUAAAGCAGUCAUCUAUGGUGGUAUAAAACAUAUCAUAAAGCACUCCCAGCCUUAACACAAAACCUAUACGUAGCCUUUUCUAGUUCAGUUACCAUACAUAUGGCAAUUGUAGGAAUGCUGGCAAUAUCCAGGGGACUCUACCGAGCAUACUGAGGAAGUGUCUUUACUCACUCCAUUGCUAAAGAGAUAAAGGCAUGUCUGUGGUGUACAGAUAUUAUUGGAUUUUGAGGGGAGUUAGCAUGAUGUAAUGGAUAUGGCACCAGACUGGAAACCUAGUUCCCAGCACUGCCACUGACAUGCUGUGUGACCUUGAAGGAAGUCACAGCAAUGCUCUGUGCCUCUGUUCCCAUUUUAUAAGUGGGGAAACUGAUACCCAUCUUUGUAAAGUAAUUUGAGAUCUACAGAUGAAAAGCACAGUAUAAGAGCUAAAUAUUAUUUAGUGAACAUGUGUAGUUGAGGAAUCUGAGGACUUAAGUUAAAGUUCAAGAAAACAGAGAUAUAUAAUGAAGUCUUAAAUUAUGGUUAAAUUUUUUGAGUCAUGCCAGAGAAACAGUUCUAUUUACUUGUAUUGUACAUGCUAAUAUCAACAUGUUUCCAAUGUCUUCUUUAUUUAUAUGUCAAAAGAAUCCUAACAAAAAAUGUUAGUGGGAAUUUCAUGGGCCUGGAUUCUUAAAUUGUCUUUUAUAAUACACCAUUGUUUAUAUACAUGGAUUUCUGUCUAUUGAUCAUAGUCUGUUUUAAAACACAAAUUGUAUAACUUGCCUUCCAAUUUAGAAGGAUUAGGGUUCCUGCUGUUUUGUGGACAUAGUUUUUGAGGAGAAAACCUGAAAAAAUCUAAAUGACUUUUAGCCUGUGAUUCACUGUAUACAACUAAGUUUUCUUCUUGGUUACUCCUUCCAAUUUGGUAAUAAAGAAGUUAUAUUACAAAUAUA